GUACGCCCCCUUCCGUUCACACCCCCCCCCCCCGUAACUCCCCGCCUUCCCUGUGCGCGUUCACGAGCCAUGAAUGUAGUCGGGAGCGCGCCGCCGUCUGUACAGCAUUGAUAAAACGUCGGAGUGAUGCUGAAUGCAGCCCUGGAUUCUCGCAGCGCUGUCCUUGGUCACCCCUGACAACGAAGGACGCUUUGACAUGUCUCACUAAAAGUAAGGGUCCAAUUACAACGCCCCUGUGUGCGAGCUAAAAAAGACAACGGUGCACCCCCCCCCAAGUCAAGUUGUGAUUGGCUGUUAUUAAAGUCAAUCAUCUAUCAAUCAAGUGGGACAGUGAAUGUCAUGGCAACUCACUCAGCAACCAGAGCCCAGCAACAAAGACUCAUCCCUGUAUGUGGUUAGUGUGGUGCUCAGUUUGUGAAGAGGCAGCCGCACAGCGAACAAACAUGCCUCCAAAGAAAAAGACUAAAAAGACCCCAAAGAAGAAGCCUGAAAGAAGUGAAAAUGACUUGGAAACAAAGUAUAGACGCAGUGUUCUGGAUAUAGCCAUCCUACAGGAUCACAUCGCCUUUCAGUGCGAGUCUGUAAUAAAGGUCCAGUCUGAUAGAGUUGACCUGAGGAGACGCAUGAGAGAAACGGAGCAGAAGCUGCAGCACGAGAGACAAGACUACAGGGACGUCAACUCUGACCUCAGUCGCCAGUACAAAACCAUGCAGACAGAGCUGACCAACAGGGGGAAGAGGCUGGAGAAGGAGGUCAGCCAGCUGAAGGAAGAACUUGUCCUGUGUCAGGAGGAACUGAGGAAAGAGAAAAGAGAGCGUGAACAGGUGGAAGAGGAGAAGGACGCCAUCAUAGCUGACCUCCAACACAAGCUGGACAACAUGGAAACAGACUACGAGAAGAUCCUGCAUGAGACUCUAGACAGCCUGACUGCCCAGCUGUCUGUGGCUCGACAGGGACGGGAGGAGAAGAGCACAACCCUUCAUCAGAAUUACAAGGAACUGCUGUCUGAAUUUGGCCUGAACGCACUGGACAUCUAAAAGUCAGGCUCCUAACAAAUGAAGGCAACUGCUCCUCCCAGUGAGACACAUUUGUUCAAUGUUGUUUCUACAACUUGGUUCAAUUUGAUCAGACUCUUGCAUCCGCGUUUGGUUCAAAUGAAAGUGACGUCCACGAUUUACUAUGCUUAAUAAGCGGAUGGAUGUUGUUAUUAUAUAAUAUUUUACCACCAGAGUUCAAAAUAGGCUGAAUUAUCUAUGCAUGUAUUCAUCAGUUCACCAUGUUCGAGUCUGUAAUGUUGUGUAAUGCCCACUAGAUGUAGCAAAUGACUGUUUAUGGUCGGGGAGAUGUUGGCCAGAAUAUGUUAGAGAGUUAUACUGUUCUGUGUUUAUAUGUGUAAAUAUACUUGGUUAGAUAUUAUGUCAAAUAAAAGUAUGUGAGAAAGAUUA